AUGGAAGAAGGGAACUCAACAGAAACCAUAGAAUUCCUCCUCCGGGGAUUGUCAGAGGACCCCGAGCUGCAGCCCUUUCUCUUUGGGCUCUUCCUGUCCAUGUACCUGCUCACUGUGUUGGGAAACCUUCUCCUCAUCCUGGCCGUCAGCUCAGACUCCCACCUCCACACCCCCAUGUACUUCUUCCUCUCCAACCUGUCCUUGGUGGAUAUCUGCUUCACCUCCACCACCGUCCCCAAAAUGCUGCACAACAUCUGGACACAGAGCAAAGCCAUCACCUAUGCGGGCUGCAUCACCCAGAUGUACUUUUUCAUACUCUUUGCGGGACUGGAUGACUUCCUAUUGACCGUGAUGGCCUAUGACCGCUAUGUGGCCAUCUGUCACCCACUUCACUACACGGUCAUCAUGAACCCCCAGCUCUGUGGUCGGCUGGUGCUGGUGUGUUGGAUUGUGAGUGAUCUCCAUUCCUUGUUAGAAAGCUUCCCAGUGAUGCAACUAUUCUACUGUACAGACCAGGAGAUCCCUCAUUUUUUCUGUGAACUCAAUUUGAUGGUUCAACUUGCCCAUUCUGACACUCUUCUUAAUGACAUUGUGAUGUACUUGUCUAUUGGACUGCUGGCUGUUGGCCCAUUUUCUGGGAUCCUUUACUCCUACUCUAAGAUAAUCUCUUCCAUAAUAAGAAUCUCCUCAGCUGAGGGGAAGUCUAAAGCUUUUUCCUCCUGUGUCUCUCACCUCUUGGUUGUCUCCUUAUUUUAUUGCACUAGCAUGGGUGUGUAUCUUAAUUCUAUUGGGGCUCACAGCUCAAAGUCAAGUGCAGUAGCUUCAGUGCUAUACACUGUGGUCACCCCCAUGCUGAACCCCUUCAUCUACAGUCUCAGGAACAAAGACAUCAAGAGGGCUCUGAAAAGAGUUUUGAGAAUGACAAUUUGA